AAUCCUGCUUUAAUAUCUUACAGGAAACUUCAAAAGAUGGUGCACGACAUCAAGAAAAAUGAAACUGGGAUAAUAAACAAGUUCAAAAAGUUCCAAAAUGAACAAGUGGCCUUAAUUUGCAAAACUGGGAAAGAUACUUGGGAUCGGCUAAAAAAAAAACCACCACCAAGUGUACCAAAAAGGGAUUAUGCUUCAGAACAUGCAGACAAUGAAGAGGAACAAUGGUCAGAUGAUUUUGACAGCGAUUAUGAAAAUCCAGAUGACCACUCUGACUCCGAGAUGUACAUGGUCCCCAGCGAAGAGACCACUGAUGACAGCUACGAACCACACAAUCGCACUAGUCACCAGCAGCCUCCUCCCCUCAACAAACCUCUCCCGACCAUGCCCAGUCCCGCCGGGUCCAGACCAAAGAAACCGUCCAAGCCAUCGUUGCCAGCUCAAUCUACCGCGUCCAAACCAAAACUACCACCAAAGCCUAAGGAGUGCCACGAUGAUGAGGACAACUACAUCGUGCCAGUGGACAACGAUGAUGAUAACUAUAUCGAACCUACGGAAAGCAGCACCUCACUACCGACAAGGCCUCCUGUGAAUAGAUUUGUGAAGCCAACAACAAAGUCAACCUUCCCCACUUCUGCAAAGCCUUCUCUUCCUGCGGACACGCAAGAAGUCUAUGAGGUUCCUGAAGAAGAGGAAAAACCAUCACCAGUAAACAGAAAUAUUGUGCCUCUUCCCAGAAAUCGUCUUCAUCCAAAAGCAGACCGUGAGGCAAAUGAUAAUGAGGAAAGUCAUGGCUUCAAUAGCACUCAGGAGUCCAGAUUUCCCGCUGGAGCAGCUCCUUCUCCAUUACCUAGGGUCAUAAAGAAAACUUCUAAUGCAAUAAGUCCAGCAAAACCAGUUUUACCAUCCAGAGAGGCUUUAACUGUAAAUGAAGAGAAACCUACAGCAGCAGAGCGACGGCGAGCUUCCAGCCAAGAGCUUCCUCCUCCGCCCUUCCCAAGCGGCACCCCAAAGUCUUUGCCCCCAAAGCCCUCAACUCUGCCAAAAGUGCCAGAAGCUGCAAACCGUUCUCUGGGUGCUUCCCCUCGCCACUGUUGUUCAUCAGUUCCAAGUACUGCAGACCAGGAUGCUGGUGUUCAUAGUAAAGCAUGGUAUGCUGCUACCUGUGACCGAAAAACAGCAGAGGAUGCGUUGUAUCGAUCAAAUAAGGAUGGAUCUUUCUUAAUAAGAAAGAGUUCCGGACAGGAUUCAAGACAACCAUACACACUGGUUGUGUUUUACAACCGAAGGGUAUACAACAUCCCUGUACGAUUUAUUGAAUCCACACGACAAUAUGCACUGGGCAGAGAGAAAAGUGGUGAAGAGCGCUUUGACAGUGUUGCUGAAAUAGUAGAGAAUCAUCAGCGCACAUCCCUUGUUCUAAUUGACAGCCAAAAUAACACAAAAGACUCAACGAAACUGAAACAUAUUGUAAGAGUUUCAUAAACUGAACUGCCACCCUCAAGCUUUUCUUAAUCACUUCCUGCAACAUCCCAGAAUUUGUGGAUCAGUUAUUAAAGAAGAUCAUCCAAAAUGACAGAGAAUAUUCUUUAAGAACAUCUCCAAAGCAGUAAGAGAUGCAGCUCAUCAAGUUCAACCCCCUGACAC